UCGCGCCGCCGCUGCCGCGCAAGCAGAAAGGGCAUCUCGGGUACCGUAAUUCCCGCUCGGUUCCGCGAGCGCGCAAGACGAAAAAAAGUUCGCCCCUGGAAAAGAGCCGGCAGAAGGAAAGCAGUGUCCAAUGGAAGUUGAUACUAGUUCAUCGCUAUCCAUUGUAUCCUGGAGCACUUUAAAAAGGUUGAAAGGCAAAUGGGUUGACGUCUCCUCUGUUCAGCAACAGGUGAUGCCCAGAGCUAUAAACUGAACUGGGAGUUCCUAAAAUGUAAAACAUAUGAGUGGUUUGGCUGGAUUAAAGCUGGCAUUAAGAACAAACACGUAAAUGGAAGAUCUAGAAACACGCAAAGCACACAGGAUAGAGCAGAUGGUAGCAAAAUGGCUGCGUCGAUCACGAGAUAAUUCAGCCAGAGGGAGAGCAUCAGUGAGUGAUAGAUCAUCCGAUGGCAGUAGGCAACCUGCAAGUCAUGUCAAACUCACAGUGGAUGUUCAAAAAGAUGUGCUACAUGGACAUUAUGGCAUUGAAGUUUCUCAUAAGUUCCCCCUCUUGAUCACAUCAGUUGCUGCAGGCAGCACUGCUGAUGGGAAGCUUCUGCCAGGGGAUCGCAUCCUUGCAAUAAACAAUGACGCAACGGAAGACCUUACCAGCGAACAAGCAGCUGCUCUUUUAAGGGAAUCGCAAGGCGCUCUCCAGUUUACAGUUCUGCGAUGCACCUCGGGUGGCCAUAAAUCAUCCUUUCUUACAGCGGAAAAAAGAGCCAGGCUAAAAACAAACCCUGUAAAAGUCCGUUUUGCGGAAGAGGUUGUCAUGAAUGGACAUAAUCAGGGAAGUUCUCUUCUGUGUAUGCCCAAUGUUCUCAAAGUCUAUUUAGAAAAUGGGCAGACUAAAGCAUUCAAGUUUGAAGCAAACACAACAGUCAAGGAUAUUGUUCUUACUUUGAAAGAAAAGCUAUCCAUUCGAAGCAUUGAACAUUUUGCCUUGGUUUUGGAAGAACAAUAUAAUGUGCUCAAGAUGUAUCUUCUGCAUGACGAUGAGCUCAUUGAACAGGUGGUUCAGAAGAAAGAGUCUCAUGAUUAUCGAUGCCUCUUCAGAGUUUGCUUUAUCCCCAGGGAUCCAUUGCAUCUCUUGCAGGAAGAUCCAGUGGCUUUUGAAUAUCUCUACUUGCAGAGCUGUAGUGAUGUUCUUCAAGAAAGGUUCGCUGUUGAGAUGAAGUGCAGCGUCGCGUUACGGCUGGCUGCUUUGCACAUCCAAGAACGGAUAAUCACCUGUGCUCAGCCACAGAAAGUCUCACUAAAGUAUAUUGAGAAGGAUUGGGGAAUAGAGAAUUUUAUUUCUCCAACUCUACUCCGAAACAUGAGAGGCAAAGACAUCAAAAAAGCUAUUAGUUUCCACAUGAAGAGGAAUCAUCUUUUGCUGGACCCAAGGCAAAAGCAUCUCCUUUCAGCAGCCCAAGUGCGAUUGUGUUACCUGCAGAUUCUUGGAGACCUGAAACUCUAUGGAGGGAAAAUCUUUAAUGCCACACUCAUGCUACAGGACAGAGAGACAUGCAUUGCCUUGCUGGUGGGAGCCAAAUACGGAAUCAGUCAAGUGGUUAAUAGCAAACUCAAUAUCAUAACCUUGCUGGCAGAAUUUGCUAACAUAAGCAGGCUGGAACUCAGUAAAGAAUCUGACAAAGUAAGCAUGGUGAAGAUCUACCUCCAAGAUAUAAAGGUGCUCACUCUGCUACUGGAGUCCAACAAUGCCAAAGAUCUGGCUUGUCUCAUCAGUGGUUACUACAGAAUGUUUGUAGAUUCAAGCAGCUCCAUAUUCAUCUGGGAGGAAAGAAAACCUCAGAUGCACCGGAUCUCUGCUGAGGAAGGAUACGAAUCUAGAACCUGCAGUGACUCUGAAGAAUCUUCUGAUCCAGAUUCCUCCUUGGACCAUUUCUCAGGCACACAUUCACCCAAGUACAGCAGUAUUAGUCCCCCAAUUGAGGAGGAAGGAGAGCAACAAGAGCUGGAGCAAGAAAGAAAGACCUUGGAGGCCAAAGAAAUGAGAUUUUGCAAUGGGUACAACAUAAGCGAUAGCCUUUCAGAAGCCUCCGAUUCAGCCAACACAGAAAGCAGGGGGCCAAAGUCCAGUGGCUCAAGUGACUCUUUGGAUGCCUUGGAAGAAGAUGAUUUAGAAGCGUGCUCAGCAAGCAGGACAGAGAUUUUUCAGUUUUGUAACUAUGCUCUUCAAAAAUUGGCCAAUAAUGACAAGGUGCUUUUUGAGGCAGAUGGAGAUGAGGAAAGCGGAACAUCACAAGAUAAUUUUUUUUCUUUCCUCCUGCCACCCCUGGUAUCCAGUCCAGGUCUUCCACAGCCAGAAGAGGAAUCCAGAAGAGAAAACGGUGUGAGUAUUCUAGAGUCCAAGCUGGCCGAAAGCAACAUCAUGGAGUACUACAGCCUCUGCGCCAACCUCUCUCCAGCCAGCAGUGGAGGGAAGAAUACCCAGAGUGACAGCCCUGAAAGCUGCUCUUUGCAGGAGCCUGAAAACCAUGAGAACAUCAGUGAGGGCCAGGCUCCUGUUUUUGUCUUGAGAUCUCCCCCUGGCUUUGGAAAGACUAACUCAGAUAAUAAAGUCUGUGAUGGAACCGAAAGGAUGACUCCAAAAGAGCCAAAAGCAGGUUCUGAAAUUCUACCCCUACAUUGUUCCCCAGAGUUGCCAUAUUGUGGCAGUUUGGAUGAAAACAUCCUGUCAAGACAAAGCAGAAAGGUGAAAUUCAGGCCAGAAAAAGACCCAACGUGUGCCCAUAAACUGAGGAAAAGAAGGUCCUUCCUCGAGACAAAUUUUACUUCCCAAGUUAGUUUCCCCAAAGCUUCACCCCAUGCCCUGGAAACCAAUGUUGGUUGCAGUAAAGAUGCUACCAUUUCAGGAGCUUCGAACCCCACAGGUGAGAGUUUAUUGAAGGAACCCCAGCAAAUUCUCAAUCUUCUUGAAGCCACACAGAAAAACCAGGUGGUCCCAAAUUCAACCUUUUCAUUUGAUUCACCAGAAAUGGGGCAGACUUCAUCAGUAACCAAUUCAGUCUGGUGCCUGGCCUCUGCGCAGGCAAGUGGAGGAAGUUUAGACUCAAGAGAUUGCUCUUUAAAUUCCUUUUAUGUGCCCCCCCAUCAGAGUCACCAUUUAAGUACACCAGAAAUUAAUUUUCAGCCGGAUGGUCCUGAUCCCACUUGUGAAGAAAAAACAGAAAAGCUUACAGAAAUAGCUAGACAGGUUCAGGGACAUUGUGAAGUAAAAGCAGAGUGUUCCGUAAAGCAAGCACUUGACAAGAAAACAAUCAAAACUACGCCUCCAACAGGAGUCAGUUAUGUAUUGAUUGAGGAAAUAAUACACACUACCACCAAACCUUCGGGGUCUCAAAACAGCAUCCAAGACAAACCUUCGUCUUUUGCCCCAGUCUUGGACCUGGAUUCUCAUUCUGCAGAGAAAGCUGAGAAACAGGAACAGGUUAUGCUAGAUCCCUGCAAGAGAGCCAAAAGUGACUCCAUCUUGUGUGAAUCCAGCCAGGUCCUUGGAGACUUAAAACUUGAAGAAAGUGCCCGCCAAUUGUCAAAUAAGGGUGCUAUGCAGAAAUCGGGAGAUGAAAAACUUCUGGGGAUUUCAACUGUAACUGAUACAUCAAGCCAAAUUUGCUGGCCAAAUUUCAGUUCAGCAGCAGGAAAUGCAAAAAUCUGUCAGCAAGUAGAUCAUGAUUGCCAAGGAAUUACUAGCCAAAAUGGCCUGGGCAUUAAUAAUUUAUCUUUAAAAGAUGAUGUUAUCAAUCAAGUCCCAGCCCACUUAUCAGCUGUGAGUAUAUCUCAUAAUCUGUGCCAAUCUACAGACAUUGCUGGUGACUUUAAAACAGAGGGGAAAAACCUCACAGGAAACGCUCUCAUUACAGAUUAUAAAAACAAAAGAUCCAGUUCACUAAUGGCUUCCUCAGAGGAGAACGUAGAACAGAGCAAAAGUGGUAAUUCAGCUGGACAGGGUUACCUUUCAUUGGACAUUUUGCCUAAGACUGCCAGACCCAGUGAGAAAAACUGUACUUCAGAUCUGCCCUUUCUGUCUUCUGACAAUGCAACUGGAGGUGCGGUGGCAUUCAGUGACACAGGUCUGCCAGGUUUAGUGAAUUCUGAGGAAACCCGACAUAAACUGGAGAGAUGCAGCUGCCAGUUGUCUUACGCAAGCUGUUUCCAUGGGGUAGAAAAUGAAGCAGAAUUAGACAGCCCCAAACCCUUCGCAAGUAGCAUUUCUGAAGGACCGUUAACAAGUCCACCUUCAACAAGAAACCCACUGCCUUCAGAUUUUAAUCCCACCAGGCACCUCCAAGAACAUGUGAACGGGACCCCACGAGAUUCUCAGAAUGACAGAUACCUCCCAGAAUUGCCUAUCAAAGAACUGAGCGAUAUGAAAGAAAAAUGGUCUGCCUCGACAUUUGACUUCUGCCAUUUAUUAGGGGAUGUAGUAGAGCUAAAGGAAAUUUUAAGGCGGUCUUCAGGAAGCCAAAGGAAACAUCCAGAGGAUCAAUGCACUGCCCUUUUUUCAGAAAGCAAGAAUGCCUUGUAUGUGGAAUCACAGAGAUUGUUAGCCAAUUGUCAGAAGAUUAUCAAAGCACGAGGGCCUUCUCCAGAGACACCAGUGAUAGUUCAAAAGACCUUCCAGAACCUUCUCCAGUUGACGGAAGUAUGCCUACAGUUCACAGACUGUGGCUUUUGCAGUAGUGGGCACAUAGACCUUAAAACCAACCUGAGGGAUGUUUUAUGUAGCUAUCAACAGUUUUUGGAGGCAUGUCGGCAAACUCAUGAGAAGGAUUACUCCAGCCUAAGCUUAAAACUAUGUGUGUGUCAAUAUACGGCCCUCACCGCUUCCCUUUUCUGCCUUGUACAGCAGUUCAAAGCUUCAUCCUGCACAUGAGAUGGAUUUGUUAAGCUGUCUCUUCCUGCUUCUCCUUUCUUUGCACUAACAGUACAACUAUUGUUAAAUUCAUUAUAAAGAGAAUUAGCUAUUUUGAAAACUUGCAUAUUUUGUGACCUUCUGAGUCAGCCUGAUAAAUGUAUAACCCUGGGAGAUUCUAAUAAAAACAGGGAAUGUGUAAAAGAAUGGCUUGAAGGAAAACUGAGAAUUGUUUGGUUUCAUUUGUGAAUGGAUAUUGAUAGUCAAAGCUUGAAUGAAGUCAAGGGAAUAAGUCAUUUCUCAUAAAAGUCAUAGCAUAAUUCACAUCCAAUUUUACUUUUUUUUCCCACUUUCCCCUUAAGUGAAGAAGACACAAGAUCAAUCUUUUCUGAAGGUCUUUUCAAUGUUAAUAGCUGUGGAUAAAUGCUACUUAAGAAUACUCAGAGAGUAUGUACGCUGUAAGUCAAACUGGACAGAUCUGCUGAACAUAUUAUCUUACAAUGUUAGCGUGUGCCAAGUGGUGGAAAUGUUGAUCAAGGUUAAAGAAUCCGUAUCAUAGGUAUCUAUCUUUUGUGUGGGACUCUUCUUUCUGGUGUUUUAAAUAAAUGCACCUGGAGUAUGUUUCAAAGAUACAUUAAAAAAAAAGACUCAUACAUCACUGAGUGAUACAUAAGUGAUAAGAUGCUGGACUAACACAAAGAAGACCAUGAUUCUUGUUUACUUAAGCCAUAGAGGUUCACUUGGCAACUUUGGGCCACUCACUCUUUCAACCCAAACUGUCUGACAUGCCAAGGGUCACUGGCAGUGAAGCGUCACAGGCAGUAUGGUAGUAUAAUGGGCUGCAAGAAUAACCUUGGGAAACAGGAAGAAGAGCUGCUGCCUACAUAAUGGCCCUGGCUUCUGUUUCCCAGGAUUGUUUUCACAGCCUAUUACAGGUGGUAGCAGCUUUUCUUCACAAGUUGCUUUUACUUUUUAUUUUAAAGGGAUAUUCCCCUUUAAAAUAGAAGACAACUUUUGAACAGUAUUUUCACCCAAUUGCUGAUUUUUUGUACUCACUGAAAAUGGAAGUGAUGCAUCUCUUUAUUAUACCUAAUAAAUAAAGACCUAGUUAAUUAGCAGGAAGUAAGCUCUACUAUAGAGGCCUUGUUUUUGAGUGCCUAUGCAGGCAAGCACUACAAAGCAUUUUAUAAUAUCCCUAUCCUUAAUUUUAGAAUGCCCCUAAUAACACAAUUAGUCAACUCAGCUAUGCUUGGAAGGGUAAAUAAUGGUGGCAAGGAGAUUUAAUCUGAAAUUAGAGCAAUAAAGCAUUUAUGUUUUUUUAAAAAAUAAACUGACAUAACCUCAGCUCCUUUGCCUACGAGUGCAGGAAAAGCUACCCAUUCAUUUCAUUAUGAAAGAUUCAUUGUUUUCAGCAAAAAUUCCCAGCACAAAUGUCAUGUUUUUUUUAAAAAAGUGCAAAUCAGUAAUAAGUGCAGUUAAUUGCAAUGUAAAACGAACCAUGUUUUAACCCUUCUAAUAGAUUCACCAAGAAUAACCAAUGAGGGACCCAGUCUUUUCCCCAAGAAGUACAGUAAGCAGAAAUGAAGAUCAAUUAAAUAAUCAUUUACUCUCCCCACAUGUCUAUAUACAGUAGUGUUGGAGUCAAAGCUUCAUAAUUUACAAUUGGAAAUUUUAAAUCACUGUAGUCCAAAAUAUCUGGAAUGCAAUUGAGUAAAGGAGACUGUUGUAGGUUACCAAAAGCAGACCAAAUCUUGUUUUCUCAUAUUUGUAUCCAGAACCCUUUUGUCAUUGUGUGUCUUUGAAGACGUAUCCCUUUCCAGGAGAAACUGCGGCUUUAAGUGCUUCUUCCCAGCUCUUUGUAUCAUAGAAAGUUGAUAAGGCAUCAAACACUAAAAGAAACACAUUGGAUAAUUACAACAAAGUCAUGAACAUUACAAGGAGGACAGAAUCCAAUCAUGGCAUAACAGAGCUUCUAUGGAAACAAUAGCCAUCCUCUGUAUUUCUAGACUCUUAUUUUCCAACAAUAAUUUAAAUAUGUUAAUAAGGAGUGUGCAAGAUUUGUGGUCUUUAAUACAGCAUGACAUUCAAGGCUUUCGUACUUUGCUCAAGGUAGACCUCUACUGUUUAAUGCCUAUUUGCCCAUUUCUCUUCGGACAAGUCCGGUAUGUUAGGACUGUAUCUACCUCAGGAGCAAUUUCUGGAACAUUUCAUGUGAUACAACAUUUUGUGCCCUAAAAAGUACAAUAAACAAAAAUGAAGAUCAAUUCUGUCCGAGUCCAAAACUCCAGUGUGCAUAAAUCAACUGUGCAACCAUUGUCAGAAAGAUGUAAUUU